UCAGAAAUAAGAAUUAUGUGUCAAUAGAAAGACAUUUCAGGAUCGUGAUACGUUCUUGAAAAGAAUAAAUAAAUUCCAAACCCACGUUAAAUUGAAUAAUAUCAACGCUGUAAGCAGAUACGGUUCUGUUGUGUAACUAAUUUUAUCCAGGUGUUAAAUAACUGUAAGAUGGAAGAUAUGGAGGCCGACAAUGACCAAAAACGCACCAAGAGUCGCAGUCCCUCCCCGGGAAUCAAAUCCACAGCAGUGGUGAAAUACACUGCAUUCCAGAGUCCGGUGGGAUAUGCUCGUCUGCAAUGCAACACAGAUCUCAAUAUGCCCCCUUCAAACUGGGGGGCUGCUAUAGACUCGUACGGCUUGAAACAGAUUCUCACUAGAGGGACGGGGUUUUCAAGCUUCAGAAUGGCACACAUGUUCCCGGACUGUGUUGGAGAGGUGGACGUUAUAUCUGGUGCAGAGUGCAUUAAGAAACUGCUCAAAUUGCCUUAUCAGCCUAAUGGAACUGUGAGCAUGAUGGUCCACCGAGUUGAGAACACAUUACUUCUAGAUGAUUUCGACGUGUAUGACUACCUCAUGAAGUCGGAGUGGUCCUGGCUGAAGGACUUCUUCUAUGAGAAUAUACUGAAGACCAUGUCAGAACAGGAGCGAACAUCGCUGACCCUAGCGCCGGCGCCGAGCUCUGCGCUGCAGCUGACGCACAAGUUCCUCUCGCACAGCGUGGCGCCGCCGCUGCAGCCGCUGCAACCAGCACCAGACACCCAGGCCGUGUGUCUGCCUGAUAAACGCCCCUUCCUCCCGGAACCAGAAACUCGUGCCGAAGAGCCGCCAAACGAGCACCUAUACAAUCGAAACGUACUCUGGACCUUCGAGGACAUCCACAUGCUCAUAGGCAGCGACCUUCCAAUCUUUGGAGACAAGGACCGACCCUGUGUCAGCCUCCGUCUUCGAGAUGCAAGGGAACCAAUCAACGUCCUCACAGGAAUCGACUAUUGGCUUGACAACCUCAUGUGCAAUGUUCCCGAAGUCCUAAUGUGCUACCAUCUAGACGGGAUCGUGCAAAAAUACGAGCCAAUGAAAACAGAAGACCUUCCAAACAUGGAGAACUCGAAAUUUUCGCCGAAAGUUAUCAGGAAUGUUGCCCAAAAUAUUCUGUCGUUCCUAAAAUCGAACGCAACUAAAGCUGGGCAUACCUAUUGGCUGUUUAAAGGUCCUCAUGAUGAUGUGGUCAAAUUGUAUGACUUGACCUCUCUCUGUCCGGAUAGUCUAGAUAAUCCUUUUACUACUCCGGUGGCCAUGCUUUUGUAUCGCGUGGCUAGAAAUAUGCGGAUGACUAACAGGUCGAAACAUGUUCGGCAGUUGCUAGAACAUGUUAUAGAGUUGUUGAAGGUGGAAAGGUAUCCGCAAAUUGUGGCGUCUUCGCAUUAUAUGCUGGCGGAUUUGUAUGUGCCGGCUACUACUAAUCCGGCUAAUCCAGAUUUUAAAGAAGAAACUUCAGACUCCGACUGCGAAGACCCAGACUUCGCCACCAGUGAAUAUCCCCCAACCGGGGGCGGAGCGGACAGCGCAGUGGACGUGCCGGGGGACGGGGACAGCGCCCUCGCGCUGCAGAUACACAACCUCGCGCUCCGGGACAUCGGGGACAGGGUGCGCGAUACUAUCGGGGAGCGCAAGAGUUCGUCAGACUCGGGCUCAGCGCUGGGCUCGUCGGCGCCGCAGCGCUGCGGCCGCGCACUCACGCACGCGCUCAAGGGGCUGCUCGCGCUGCACCAUGUUACUAUCAACAAGUGUAAGGAAGAAGAACGCGAACGCGUAAAACAGCAAAUCAUAAUAGAGGAACAGCACCCUAAAAUGGCGAACCCAUUCGAGCCAAUCAAAAUGAGUUACGAACCAAUCACGAAGACCGAAGUUAAAGAGCACAACUCUAGAAGCAGACGCCGGAAACGAGAGCGAAAGACCAGCGACAAAACAGCUGAUAAAACUGGCAACUGUCUCAUAGAGUCCAAAUCGAAUAUCGAUAAAAACGCCAUACAAGUUUUAAAGGAAAAAAAAGUCUACCCAACAUGGCAUGAACCGAACAGAGACGAUAACUUCGCUUGGAAACUACAUCUUAAGACCUUACUUUACGAAAAUAUUUGCCUAGCAUACGCUACCCUAGCUGAAUAUAGCUACUCAAAUGAACAAUACGGGUUCUCUCUAAAAUAUAUCGAUAUGGCUAGCAAAUGCCAGAAGUUGUUGUCAAAUAUGAUAAUUAAAAGUAAAGUGGUGGAUGCAGGCUGUCUGAUUGGCCGUGUCGGUGAUAAUUACUUCCAAAUGAGCAAGUUUUGGCAUCGAUUUGAGCAGUUUAAGAAGCAAUUUGAGACGGAUCACGAUAUCGAUAGUAAGAUUCGAUUGGAGUUGGAAAAUGAUAUGAUUGAAGAGGUCGAUAAAGUUGUGGCUGAUGAAUUUGAGCUUGACAUCUCCCUCCCCACAAGCGAGGUGUCGGCGAUGCUGCUGUCGUGCGCGGCGUACAGCGCGGCGGCGGCGGCGGCGGCCGACAGACGCGCCGAGCUGCUCCGCCGCAAAGCCUCCGUGAGGAACGAGCUCGCCGUGCGGUACAUGAAUGAUGCUCAGCAAAUCUACAUGAAAUACAUAGAGGAACCGGACUUAAAGGAUCCCAAAGCGAAGUUACUCCUGAAACAAUUCGCCGUCACCUCUCGCAAGUCACUCGAUUGCCUCGACGAGGCCACGGAGAUAUUUAAACAAGUUAAUGAUAUACCCAACUUGGCGUUACUGUAUUGUAAUAAGGGACGGUAUUUGAGGUUUAAGGCGCAUUGUGAUCAGGGUGGAUUUGGAAGUGAAAAACGUCGUCUCUACAACGAGGCAGAAGAACUAUACCAGUCUGCCCUCUCACUCCUGGGACCCAAGGAGACUUGCGGCGCCACGUCCGUGUGGGAGCUGGUGGCCUGGGAGCUGUCCUGUCACCUGUACACCAGGGCCGUGCUCAUGCAGGACACCCCUGAUAUAUACAACGAGGUGACAGAAGUAGCGGAAGCCCUGAAACAUGCGCUGAAGCAUUGUCCUCUGAGCCCGGGACCGAGGCAGUACUUAUACCAGUUCCGUGCUGCCAUGGUGUACCACCGACUUGGGUCGUUGUACCACUCGCAGUAUAGGAUAACCCAAGAAGAAGGUCCAAAACGGCGUACACUGCUAAACGCAACGCGAACAAACUACGAACAGGCAUCGAACAUGUUCGCUCUGCUAGAGGACGCCAGCAUGUUCCUCACGGUGCAACUAGAACAUGUUGCUGUGCUCGAGACUCAGGCCGCAGUAUCCCCCAACUUAAAACUGAAGUCCCUCCAAUCGGCGAUCCAACUCCUCCGUCAAUGCCACUCCAUCAUGAAGGUCCUCAAGGAUAAAGACCCUGAAGAAAAGGAAACGCCAAAACCUGACGAUGGAGACGAGAAAACUAUGAAAAACGAACAUAGUCUACUCUCCCUAUACGAAAACAGACUACAUUUCAUACUAAAAUCUAUAAUUCAGUACUGUAGAUCAAAAUCAAAUAAAGAUUAUGAGAAAAUAACUGAUUUACACAAAAAAUUGUAUUGCGCUAGUCUCAAAAUUAAAAAAAAUGAUGAUAUAAGGUUGUAUGCGGCAAGCAUUUGUGAUGUUUUAGUCAAUAUGGACGAAAUAACCAAGGAGUUUGAAUAGGUUAUUAAGUUUUAUUUUGUUUUAUCUGUGGUGCUGUUUAGUGCGGAGCUAAAGUUAAGAAGUAAUGUCGAUAAUCGAUUAUUUUAUCGAAAUAUGACGCCAGUUAUGAAAAAAAAAUUGGAGUCAAUAGAUGAAAAUCAUCUCAAGAGCCUUUUCCCGACUAAGUUGAGGUCGGCUUUUAGUAUACAUAAUUAAUGCAGCUGAGUAACAGUGUUUUACAAGGAGCGACUGCCUAUUUGACCUCCUCAAUCCAGUUAUCCGGGCAACCCAAUACCUCUAAGUAAGACUGGUUGUCAGACUUACUGGCACAAGUCAAUAGAUAAAAAUAAAAUAUCGAUACUAUAAACAUUAGCAUUAGCAUCGAUAGUGUUGUGAAAUGAAAAUAAUCGAUUAUCGAUAUUAUUUAAGGGAUUUCUGUCUUUCCUAUAUUUAUAGAAAACCAGUGUCAAAUAACCAUUCGAUCUAUAAGUAUUGAAUGGUACUUUUUUAUUACCAAGUAAGUAAAAAAGGGGGUUUAUCUCCAAGAAAUAAUUACGUAGAUUGCACAAUGACUAUACAAAGCUUCACUUUUUAUGUAUUGAAGUACAUAUAAGCUCCUUUUUUUAACGACGUCAAAAAUCAUCAAAUGACCCCUCCCGCUGUGGGUAAGCAGCGGUGAGGGAGUGUUAGACUCUUACUGACUAAAAAUCGUCGUGUUCUGUCUUUAAAUUUACCAGGGCCACGGUAACUCUUUCGAACAAUCCCACAGCCUCGGCAGACCUUGGCCCUGCUGGGCCCCACUGGAGUACAUAUAAGCUCAAAUGAAAUUAUGACCCGUUUUUGUAAAUAUCCAAAUUUCUAUGUGGCAAAUAGAGACUGCAUUUUGCAUAUCUAUCCCUCUUCCGUUAUAUUUCAGAUAGAUAGUUGCUGGAUAUUCUUUUAAAGAUAUCUGCCCAGUUUUACUUAAAGUUAAGUCCAAGUUCACCGACACGUAACGUCGGUUUUUUUUUAACAAUUGUUAACUUUGAAAAUUGAAGGAGAAAACUUACUUCUAUGUUGUCGGUGAACCUGAACCAUUUGGUGAGUUGCACUGUUUAACUUUAACGAUAACCAAAUUAUGGUUUGGUAACCAGCCGUAUAUUUGCCGCCCAUUGGUCAAAUCAGUGAUUUAACAACUGAAAAUGGUUCGGUUAUCGUUAUAGUUAAAUGGUGCAAAUCAUUGUUUGUGUAGCGUCUCGAAUGUUUUGUAUGUAAGACUGAUAUGUAUAGCUGUGUCUUCUAUUUAUCGUAAUAAAUACAGUAUUUUAUAUGUUA